GUUAGUAAGCUGGCUCAAAGGAAGACAGGAAUCAUGUCUUUGUGGCAGUUUUUCUGGUGAUUUAGGGUUAACACAAACUUUCUUCACCUUACAAAUGGUUGUCAAAAGCAAAAAUGAUCUGAAUCACACAGAUUCAGCAAAACAGGCAUUUGGAAUUAGAACAACAAAAUUAGUAAGAAACCAAUAUUGGAUUUCAUUCAGCAAAUAUGAUGCCGAACAGUGUAAUAUAUGCCUCUGUAAACAAAUCAAAGUGACUCUAAAUGACUUGUGUUGUAAAGAGUUCUCUUGUCUUUACAGAUACGGACUUGCAUUAAGUUUCAACCAUGUCUGCUCACUUAAUAACUGGGAAUACAGAAAUUCAUGUCACCCAAAUGAAACAGGGAAUUGCUGCACCCUGGAUAAUGUUCCCACCAUAAGCACAAGUGGAACAAACUUUCCAGAAAACUCUCUUUUCACAGCAACGAUCAAUGCUGGUUCAUUUUUGUUUCUGAUUUUUUGCGUUUUCCAUCAUGCACACAUCCUGGACAGGAACAGUGUUCAUUCUCUACUCAGUAAAAUUGCAAUGAUUUUAGGCUGUGUGGUGUCUGUGGGUGCUUUCAUGGCAGGGAACUGCAAUCCAGCAGAGCUGGUGUUGCUCCAUUACCUGGGUGCUGCUGUGAGCUUUGUGUUUGUGUGUCUGUACAUGACCAUCCUGACCUCCCUCACUAGUAAAUGUAUGCUGACUGGAUGUGAACGGGUUCUCUACCCUCUACGCAUCGUCUCCUCAUUUAUCCAGAUUACUGCCACCAUCCUCUAUGGCAUCUUCUUCAUCCAGGAGGAUUACUUCUUCAAGCACAUCUCUGCUGUCUUUGAAUGGUUUCUGUGUGUCAAUCUGGAGCUCUAUGAACUCAGCUACACUGUGGAAUUCUACUUUUUCUCCUCAUCAAUGCUUUCAGUGCUUUUAGCCAAGAAAGAAGAAGAGAAACCUCUCAUUUUGUCUUAAUGUUAAAAAUCCUUCAGUUUUUUUUUUUCACGUUAUAGAUCUUAUAAACCAUUUUAAAUAUAACCUCAUUCAAGCAGCAGGUCUACUCAGGGGACUUUUGAAGACUUGUAAAGGGUUUGCACAUACUUUUGAAGUUGUAAUAUAAUGUAAAUACUCCUUGAGAUAGCAAGCACUGAAUUUACAUUAGAGCAGGAUACUCUGAUUUUUUUCUCAGAGUGGAGCAACAGUCACUUUGAAUUUCUCAGUUUCUUUCUAAUCAUCUUUACUUUAAAAAUACUAUAGGAAAAUACCUUGCAAAUGCAAUAUUUGACCUCGUAUCUAGAUUUCCUGUGAGCAACAGUAACUUGGUCGGUGCAUGCUGUUUAAAUGAUUGUUCAGUGUUUACCUCACACUUUUAAUCUAAUCACUCAAUCCCUUGAUAAUGUGGAAAUCAACUGCUUGCGGGAAAUGUGUAAAUGUCAGAAAUGAAAGUGUUCUAAGGUCUAUGUAGAAAAAGAUAAGAAUAAUCCAUUCAUAGUCACAGGUCUAUCUCAAAUUAAAUUAUUUUCCAUUA